AUGGUGAGUGAGGCGAGGCAGGAGGAGGAGGAGAAGGAAGCCGGAGUGGGGUUUUUUUUUGGGGGGGGGAGAGAAGGGGAUGCUUAUUUUUUUUUGCAAAGGAGUAGAUCCCAGGGUGGGGCGCCCCUCCGAUGUCCAGGGAAGCGUGGGGCGAAGGGAUCGGGGCGGGAGGGAGGGGAAUCCGGAGGCCGGACUAGAUUCCCCACUAGGAAAGCCACCGGCGAUGAUGGCUGGAGCGCGCGCGCAAGGAUUACGGGAUCCACCGCUUGGAGGGUCGGGUGGGGGCUGGGGAGGAGGUUUUACCUUAAGGAACACAAGCAUCGAGAAACUGGAGGAGCCCAAGGGGCAGGCAGCUCGCCCAUAGUGGCUCGGGAGAGGAUGUGAUGUGUCUCCCGGCGGAGAAAUCGAUUUGGAUCUCGGAAAGGGCGCAUCUGAAAUAAUAACAAAAACGCGAGGCGCUCGGUAAAGAGGGGGCUGGAAAAGGAUCGUGGCCAGUCCUUGAUCUCGGGAGGGAAGGUGGUGAGGUUUUCUUGUUGGGGGGGGGGGGGGGGCGCUGGAGAGCCAGGGUGGGGCGGAGAGAAGGUUCUAGACUGGGUGGCCAGGAGCUGGUGGUGGGCUUGGAGGAGGGCGAUGAUGGAGAAGGGGGGAUGGGGUCUCAAAAGACGGAGGUGCUAAUUGGGGGGGGGCUUUAUUUCUUGCAUUUUCUGCCGUGCCCUGUACGGUUCCCCCCUCCCUCUAUUUCACCCUCCAGUCAGGUGGGUUCAGCUGAGUUGACGGAGACACGCGAUGCAAAGCCGGGUCAAAUCCUCGGCUCUGAUCCGACCCGUUCACUACCGCCUCCGGAUUAAUGGCAGGAUUGGAAGAGAGUGUGUGUGUGUGUGAUCGUAGUAUUUAGGUCGGAGGCAGCCCUGCUGCUGAAUUGCAAUUGCGGGAGAGGAGAAUGCAUCAGGUCGGCACCGACUAGAUGGGCCAUGGGGCGAAUCCAGGAAGGGCUUUUCCUCUGUCUGGAGGUGGGAAUGCAAAAGGGCUCCCUCCCCCCCCCACUGCAAAAUAGAUGCCAACUUCUUAAUAGGAUCUGAAGGCUCUGCAUGGAUAUCCUAAAAGCCCUUAACAUAUAGUCCCCGUUAUCCACUGGAAUAGACAUUCUUGCUGAUGCCACUGGGGAAAAACUCCUGGGGCCAAGGCUUGCCUCCCAAUAAUUAUUAUUAUUAUUAUUUGGAAUUGCAAGCCUUGUCAUCCGAGAUGCGUGGGAGGGAUUUUGCUAAUUUCAGUGGGUUAUUCGGAUUAUUAUUAUUAUUUCUUCUACGCUGAUUGCGAUGGGGAGAGGUUGAAAAGGCGCAUGGAGCCCCCCUGGGCUCCUCCCCCACCCCGCGCGCCUGCCCUUAACAUUUUCCCGCGCUGCGAGGCUGGAGGAGGGGGCUGUUUGCCUUUGGCGCGCGGAAGGGGCGCUGAGCCCGCGCCACGAGGUCUGCUUCCGCUGCAGCAACAGCAAAGAUGCAGCAGCUGCAUAUGCUUCCCUUCCCCCAUCCGCGAAGCAGCGCACACAUCACAUAUUCUGUUUCGGCACAAGGGGAGGGGGAAAGCUCGCCAGGUUUUCCUGAAAGUAGCCCAAGAAUUUUGGGGUCUUGAAGUUCAACAACUUUUGGAGUGUCCUGGUUUUUACUUUUUGGUGUGAAAUAUGGCAACCCUGUCCCCUGCUUGCUUCUGCAAAUCUGCCUCCCCCCCAACCUUUUGGAAACGUUGCAGAAUAUUAGUAUCCAGAGCUCUAUCUUUGCUAUAUUACACCCCCCCCUUUUUAUUAUUAUUUUUGCAAGAUUUCAGGAGUGGACAUAACAAAAUCCCUAGUAAUAAGGUGCAGUGUGAGUUGGAAAGGAGACCUAUAGAAAGGUCAGUUAAAUAUUCCUCCUUACAAAACUUCUUGUAGUCCUACGAGCGUAAUUUGUUGGUUACAAUUGCUUGUAGUUCAUAUACUUCUUCCAAUCUUCUGUAAAUCUCUGGUCCGCAGGUUUCAAAGUGCUACAAAGUACAGUAGAUAAAGAAUAGAGAUACAGUGGUACCUCAGGUUACAUACGCUUCAGGUUACAGACUCCGCUAACCCAGAAAUAGUGCUUCAGGUUAAGAACUUUGCUUCAGGAUGAGAACAGAAAUUUUGUGGCAGCAGCAGGAGGCCCCAUUAGCUAAAGUGGUGCUUCGGGUUAAGAACAAUUUCAGGUUAAGAACGGACCUUUGGAACGAAUUAAGUACUUAACCUGAGGUACCACUGUAUUGGUUAUGAGUUUUAAAUGUAACAGGGAAAAUAAGAAACGUAUACUAAGAGAUUAGAUUGGAAAAUUUUCAGACAGGACUGAUGGAAGUCAAAAAAAUUGAAUAAGAUGUAAAAAUAUGUUUAAUUACUGCUGAAAAUGGUAUGUUAAAAAACUUAUAUAGGUCAAUUAAAUAGGUAACUAGGUGGCUGGAGUUCUGCUUUUCCUCAGUAACACAUAUCCAGGAUGGUAGGUCCUAGAGUUGGAAGGGGACCCCAAGGGUCAUCUAGCCCAACCCCCUACUAUACAGGAAUCUCAGCUAAAGCAUCCGUGGCAAGUGGCCGUCCAAACUCUGCUUUAAGACUUCCAAGGAAAGGGAGUCUUACUGAGCCCUGGGAUGCUUGAGGAAAGCCGUGGCCAAGGCAGGCCACCGAAACCAGGGGUUAGCACAAUGCAAGGGGCUGUCCUGAAUAAUGGGGGUUAAACUUGGGGUUCCUGGGGCAUGCUCUGCUACUGCCUAAUUUGCCCUGCUUGGAGUGUAAAGGUAAAGGGACCCCUGACCAUUAGGUCCAGUCGCGAACGACUCUGGGGUUGCAGCGCUCAUCUCACUUUAUUGGCCGAGGGAGCCGGCGUACAGCUUCUGGGUCAUGUGGCCAGCAUGACUAAGCCGCUUCUGGCGAACCAGAGCAGCGCACGGAAACGCCAUUUACCUUCCCGCCGGAGUGGUACCUAUUUAUCUACUUGCACUGGUGUGCUUUUGAACUGCUAGGUUGGCAGGAGCAGGGACCGAGUAACGGGAGCGCACCCCUUCACGGGGAUUCGAACCGCCGACCUUCUGAUCGGCAAGCCCAAGAGGCUCAGUGGUUUAACCCACAUCGCCACAUCCCUGCUUAGAAUGACUAAUGUCCGAAAUGCUCAAGAGCCUGAUGGCCUCUCAAGUGCCAUCUGUUGGGAGGAAGAUUUGAAAGGCAUGUUUCAAAGCAAGUGACACCCUGUGCCUGAUGAGCACAAGUGGAUUCCAGAAGGCAUCUGACAGGAAUCUAGAUCUAGGCUUGAAAUAAUCCUCGCAACAGGCCGCCAGCAGGUGCUGCAGAGUAAAUUGACUCUCAAAGGGUGGGGCUAGCGGUUUCCGGUCUCUGCUUUACACAUGGGGGAAGAAGCCGAUUCCAUCGGCUUUUUGCCUUCCGAGUCAGCUGACGGCAAGUGGCGUGACCUGCUGGUUGCUGACUGCAGAGAGUACAGUCACAGCUUUGUGCUGAACAGCUUAUUCAUGCUGUUUUUUUUAUAGACAGCAGAAUUCCCCUCUGUGAUUAAGUCUGUCUUAGUGCAGGAACUUCAUUAGGCCUGCAGAUGAAAGCUAAUGUUUUUUUAAAAAUGCCUUUUUCGAUACGGUGAGCUAGGCCUUGCCAGCUGAACUGUAAAUGUGCCUCGCUAGCAGUCUUAACUGGAGCACGACAUUGCUCCCGUUACCAGUAAAUUUGUGCAAAUUCUUUUUGAUCCAUUAUAUAAAGCACAAGGUUUCCUGCACAAAAGUCUGAGGGAGGGGCCGCACGGUGUUUGAAAUUCCCAUUGAUUUGGGCGUGUUUUGCGACAGCGAAUUUUGUUAGCGUGAGCGGCUUCUGAGCUCUGGGCGCAGUACUGCGGUACUGCGCCUGAGAUUUCAGAUUAAAACUGCAGAGUGGAAGGAAAGAAGGACCUUUUUCUGUUUCCAGCUGCUCUCUGAAGACUGGAGAAAAUACCCUCUUAAGAAUAUUAGAGGGGAUGGGCAGGGGAAGGACUAGACCAGGCACGUCCUACAGGUAGAUAGUGAUCUACUGGUAGAUCACUGGACGUCUGUGGUAGAUCACUGGCUCCCCCCAAAAAGCUCAACAAGUUUGGCUCCCCCAAAAAGUUUUUUUUUUAAAAUUAACAUUUAAAAACAUUUAAAUUGCCCUGCACCCCCAAAAGCCAGGGCUUUCAUCCUCUCUAAAAAGCUCAGCAACUUUGACCUGAACCCCCAAAAAGGGGGUAUAUCACUGCCAGUCUUUAACUCUGUGAGUAGAUCACAGUGUCUCGGGAGUUGGCCACCCCUGGACUAGACCACAUGAAAAAUAAACUUAAGAUUUUAGCUGCAUUUUCAGCUUUGUAUUCUUGUUAUAAAAAAAAGCAUGCCCAGACAUUCCGUUGUUGCACCCAUAAUAAUAAUAAAAAAUAAAUAAUACUUUAUUAUUUAUACCCUGCCCAUCUGGCUGGGUUUUCCCAACCGCUCUGGGUGGCUUCCAAUCUAGGUUUAAGAUGCCAUUUUGCUCCUAGCUUUCCUGUCUCAGUUUCUAACACUGGGACCACAUAAUCUUUAAUGCAAAGAAAAAUACGAAAGCAAUAUGGACACCCACUCAAUGCAUACAGUCCCCAAUGUGGUUCAAUAAACUGUAUGUGAAGGGAAAUGCAAAAUGGGUCAUGAUUUAGGACUGCUUGGAACAUUUCUUCUAAUAUGAAUCAUCAAAACUUUAUUCCAUUUCUCACAAGUUACUCUCAAAACUAGUUGGGAACUGUAUCUGUUGUACAGCUGAUCCUGAUACAUUGUGUUAAUACAAUGAAAGAACUGCACCCAGCAAGGGCUUUUUCAAUGCAAAGGACAUUUAGGGUGGGGCCUCCUUGUAUGGGGAACUCCUGACACAGGUGUGUCUGGCCUCUACUUUGAGGUGGUUGGUUCAGACGCAUCUUUCUUUGGCAGAUAUUUGUGGAAAGGAGAGACCUGAUCGCUGCUGCUAUUAGCAACAUUGUUUUGAAUGUGUUUGAAUGUGUUUUUAUUUUAUAAUGUAUCUUACCUAGUGUCCGCUCUGAGAUCUUCGGGUGAAGGGUGGUAUAGAAACUCAGUCAAUUACAGUGGUGCCCCGCAAGACGAAUGCCUCGCAAGACGGAAAAACCGCUAGACGAAAGGGUUUUCCGUUUUGAAGUUGCUUCGCAGGACGAAUUCCCCUAUGGGCUUGCUUCGCAAGACGAAAAUAUCUUGCGAGUCUUGAGAUUUUUUUUUCGCUUCCCCCUUUAUCUAAUCUGCUAAGCCUUUAAUAGCCUUUAAUAGCCUUUUAGCAGCUAAUCCCCUAAGCCUUUAAGCCUUUAAUAGCCGCUAAACCGCUAAUAGCGCUAAUCCGUCAAUGGGCUUGCUUCGCAAGACGAAAAAACCGCUAGACGAAGACUCUCGUGGAACGGAUUAAUUUCGUCUUGCGAGGCACCACUGUAUCUGCUUAGCUUGUGCAAAGGGUUGUAUAUAGAUCUGUGCAAAGGGUUGUAUAUAAAUAACAAACAAAACAAACCUGCUAAAUUUGUUCAUCAACCAUUCCUCUCUCUCCUUGUUGCAGCGUGAGUGCAUCUCCAUCCACGUUGGCCAAGCCGGAGUCCAGAUUGGCAAUGCCUGCUGGGAGCUCUACUGUCUUGAGCAUGGCAUCCAGCCUGAUGGGCAGAUGCCCAGUGACAAGACCAUUGGGGGAGGAGACGACUCCUUCAACACUUUCUUCAGUGAGACGGGAGCUGGCAAGCACGUGCCCAGGGCAGUCUUUGUGGACUUGGAACCAACUGUGAUUGGUGAGCAAACAAGGCACUUCUAAUAGCUUUCUAGCUAUGUUUGUGUCUACAGGAGGGAUGCCAGAGGUCUUAAUGUUUCCAAUUGCUUCUCUCCGCAGAUGAGGUGCGCACUGGCACCUACCGCCAGCUAUUCCACCCCGAGCAGCUCAUCACUGGCAAGGAGGAUGCUGCCAACAAUUAUGCCAGGGGCCACUACACCAUUGGCAAGGAGAUCAUUGACUUGGUCCUCGACAGGAUCAGGAAGCUGGUAAAUAACUUGCAGACAGGUUUUAAUGAGGACCCGGGUGAGCUUAGUAGGAUAAAGCAUUUAAAGGCACCAGUGGAAUGAUCUCAGGCAGGCAAGCAAGCCCCGAUAAGAAUUAACGAGUCUCCGGCAGUUUUAUGGUAUGUUUACUUACAAUUAACAUCCAGAGCACGGCUCUGAAUCUCCUCUCCUUUCCCAGCACGAAGGGUGCCAAAGUCCAGCCCUUCCUCUCUUGUACUUCCGUUGCAUUUUAGCCCUUUCAGCUCUUAUGGUUUGGGGAGAAGGUGGGUAAACUCCCCCCUCCCUGCUAUCAAACAAAAAUCCUUCUAAGUGCUGCCUACCUCCUGGUUGCAUAGCAACCCCCUCAAUGUCAUCUAUCUCCUCCCCUCCCUCUGCCUGCGAGCUCUCUGAGACGGCUGCUCUAUCUGAGUCUGGGAACUCUUGGUGAAGGGGUGCCGAACUAACCCACUCUUGCUCUGUGGUUGCAAUCCCUCGUCUCCAGAGCCAGACUCUGGCUCCCUCUGUACUGACAUUCAUCCAUCUCCAGUGUCAGGCUUUUUGCAGGUGUUCGAUUCAGCCACAUCCCUGAGAACCAGUAUGGUGAGACGAACCCUUUCUGGGUGUGGUUUUAGAAGCUGAUUAUCUCCAGAUUUGAGGAUAUGCAAGGGGAAGGGAAUUGUGUGGUCUGAAAGCAGUGAUGAAAGGCCAUGGACGAGUGGAUGGUUCAGCACUAAAGGGUCGGGUUCCCCUAACAAACCCCAUUGGUGGAUGUCCUCUGCAAGGUUUCCCACUUGUGGAAAGGGGGUUCCCUGCUCUCCUCAAUCCUUGCAACCACCGAAAUCAACUCGUGUGAGGUUAGGAGAACUCCCAGAACAUUGCAUGGUUAAAGGUAAAGGACCCCUGGAUGGUUAGGUCCAGUCAAAGGCGACUAUGGGGAUGUAGUUCUCAUCUCGCUUUUCAGGCUGAAGGAGCUGGUGUUUGUCCACGGACGGCUUUCCAGGUCAUGUGGCCAGCGUAUGGAAAUGCCGUUUACCUUCCCAUCACAGCAGUACCUAUUUAUCUACUUGCACUGGUGUGCUUUUGAACUACUAGGUAGCAAGAAGCUGGAACAGAGCAACAGGAGCUCGCCCCUUUGCGCAGAUUCGAACCACUGACCUUUCUGAUCGGCAAGCCCAAGAGGCUCAGUGGUUUCGAACUGCCGACCUUUCUGAUCGGCAAGCCCAAGAGGCUCAGUGGGUCCUUUACCUUUUACCUUUACCUCCUUCCCUUGCUUACCUGGCUUUGCAAAGGUAGUGCAAGGGCUGGGGGGGGGGGCAAUGUUGCCAAGGGCUGCCAAAAAAGGCAUUGAAGCAAUGUGUUGGACCCCCCUUCAGAGAACAAGGAGUGAGCCUUUUCUCAUACCCAAAUUCAGCUACAGAUUGGGAUUUGUUUUGGAUUCACAUAACCACAGUGCUUUUUCCUGGGGGGGAUGCAGGGUACACAUAUCCCUAAGCAUUUUGUGAAUCUCAUUACUUUUGUUCAUUUACUGUAUUUGGUAUGACUUGGAUUUGUGAAGGCUUAGAAGUGUGGAGCCAUAACAAGCUUCUGCCCAUCUUAGCUACCCAAACGCCCAGAUCCAUCCUGGUUGUUCUGCCUAUGUAAACACUAGCCUCUGCCCUUUGGUGAGGGCAAGCGUAUUUAAACACAAAUCACCAUGUGAACGAUGAAAGGGAUAAAACGGGGGGAGGGGGUUGGAAUCCUCAGAUGAACCGCAAUCGGUAUGAGACAUCUGGGGAAAUCUGAUCAUGAAAAGCAGCCAAGACUUAACUGCAAAUGCAUGAGGGAGUUUUGAGCAGAUAAAUGCAUGGUUUAGUCUGAGGGUUGCCAGUGAAAUGGUAUUGAUGUGAAGAAGUCCUUGAAGGCUGUGCUAGUAACUUUGACAGUGGUACCUUGGGUUACAGACGCUUCAGGUUACAGACUCCGCUAACACAGAAAUAGUACCUCGGGUUAAGAACUUUGCUUCAGGAUGAGAACAGAAAUCGCAUCGCAGCCGCGGUCGGAGGCCCCAUUAGCUAAAGUGGUGCUUCAGGUUAAGAACAGUUUCAGGUUAAGAACGGACCUCCAGAACAAAUUAAAUACGUAACCAGAGGUACCACUGUAUUUAAAACCAGCAUCCUUUCAAAACUGCUGCUUCCGCUGUGGCAUAACAUGCCUAGAAAAGCACAGCUGGAGUUUGGUGUUAAUAUUGGGAUCCAAAACAGUCUUGAAGAGAUCAGUAUAUGAGGCUGUUAAUUUGUUAAGUAGGGCCAGGAGUCAAUUUAGUUGCUGAAUGUUUAUCCUGCCUGUUAAAUUCUGUGAUAGGGUUUUUCAGCAAAAGUGUGGAAAGCCUUGCAAUAGACAAGAGUGUUCAGAAUCUUUUAAAAAUCAGCACUAAAUAUUGUGUGGUUAUUUCUAACAGGCUGACCAAUGCACAGGUCUCCAGGGCUUCCUGGUCUUCCACAGCUUUGGUGGGGGCACCGGUUCUGGGUUCACCUCCUUGCUGAUGGAGCGCCUGUCCGUUGACUACGGCAAGAAGUCCAAGCUGGAGUUCUCCAUCUACCCAGCUCCCCAAGUCUCCACAGCUGUCGUCGAGCCCUACAACUCCAUCCUGACCACCCACACCACCCUGGAGCACUCCGACUGCGCCUUCAUGGUAGACAACGAGGCCAUCUAUGACAUUUGCCGCAGGAACCUGGACAUUGAGCGCCCCACUUACACCAACCUCAACCGCCUUAUCAGCCAGAUUGUGUCCUCCAUCACGGCCUCCCUGCGAUUUGACGGUGCCCUGAAUGUAGACCUCACAGAAUUCCAGACCAAUCUGGUGCCCUAUCCCCGAAUCCACUUCCCCCUGGCCACCUACGCCCCGGUCAUCUCAGCUGAGAAAGCUUACCAUGAACAGCUUUCUGUAGCCGAGAUCACCAACGCUUGCUUUGAGCCGGCCAACCAGAUGGUGAAAUGUGACCCUCGUCACGGUAAAUACAUGGCCUGCUGCCUGUUGUACCGUGGAGACGUCGUCCCCAAAGACGUCAACGCUGCUAUUGCCACCAUCAAGACCAAACGUAGCAUCCAGUUUGUGGACUGGUGCCCCACCGGUUUCAAGGUUGGUAUCAACUACCAGCCCCCCACGGUGGUCCCCGGGGGCGACCUGGCCAAAGUGCAGCGUGCCGUCUGCAUGCUGAGCAACACCACAGCCAUUGCUGAGGCCUGGGCUCGCCUGGACCACAAGUUUGACCUGAUGUAUGCCAAGCGUGCCUUUGUCCACUGGUACGUUGGGGAAGGGAUGGAGGAAGGCGAGUUCUCGGAGGCCCGGGAGGACAUGGCUGCCCUAGAGAAGGAUUACGAAGAAGUGGGUGUGGAUUCCAUUGAAGGAGAAGGGGAGGAGGAAGGAGAGGAAUAUUAA